AUGACUGAAAAAAAAGAUGUAGCGAGCAGUGAACAUAAAGCAGAAGUAGAGGGUAACUCGUCGUUAAAGUCAGGGUCAAAAUCGAAAACGUCGGGCCCCGGGCAUUGUAAAGCUGUAUUGAGUUCAGGUGCGACUGCAAUUGCUAUUGCCAAAGCUCGUGCCACAGCAAAGGCCAGGGCCAGAGCACGAUCUAAGCUACGGACUAAUUCUAGGUCAGUUUCCACGACCAAUUUUCCAACUGAUUAUUAUUAUCAUUUGUGGCCGGUGUCUUCUGUGGCUUCCAGUGUAUCACAUAAUACAGUGUUGACAGGGGACCUUCGACCCAGCGGUGAAGCUGAUAGAACAGCUGAAACUAGAUCAGAGGAUAUAUCAGACGGUAUAUCAGAGGGUAUAUCAAUGGGCAUCUCAGAGGGUAAAUCAAAAGGUACGUCAGAAAGUUUAGCAGAAGGUAGCCUCGAUACUAUCGACGGUGUUGGAGAAAGAAAAGAGGAGAAUCAGAUUAGCAAAAUCCAAGCCAUGCCUGUGAGUGCAGAUGCUGUAACAGGAGAUAAGCCUGCUUCUACUGGAUCCUCAACAAAUAAAAGUGCAAAAGACCCAACCGAAAUAACCAAGCUAUCUUUCUCCGCUCCGGAAAUGACUGCCAAUUCAAAAUCUACAGCAGGCCCCCGACAUGCUCCUGGCUACCCCUCAUACUUUGUAGAAAGGUUCGAGACCGCGUCAGCAAUAUCUCAACCCCCUGGGCCCAAGAUGAGUAUUAACUCUCAACCACUAAACAAAAGAUUAAUAAAGUCUAAACGAGCUGAGCUGGAAUUCAAUGUCGGUCCAUGCUCCGAGUCAUCUGCACACAUUAUUUGGACUGGCUACUGUAAUCUCAUCUCAUGUUUCGUAAGACCGAUUAUGCUUAGGUGGUGUGGUAUCAAAUCGCAUCAGCAGCAAGUCGCUUGGCGUGAGAAGAUAGGACUAUUUUCGGUUAUAGUUCUCAUAACAUGUACAGUGGGAGUCUUCACGUUUGGAUUUAAUGAGAUGGUAUGUGGGCAUAAUAGUAAUGUUCCCCGUAUUCACUUUUCAAGCAUUCCACCCGACACGGUUGUUAUACAUGGACGAUUGUUUAAUAUGACCACCUUUAACCACAACCCAAAGUUUCUCCGACCAGCACCUUGGUCGUCAAACUCAUUCACACUGACCGGAGUCAGUUCAAUUCCAAUCGACGCAUCACUACUAUUUCAAAAUGUGAAUGGUCAUUGCAGACCCCAUAUUAAACCCUCGCGGUCUUCUCAAGUGGCCCACGAUUCGGAUCUCAGAGUGCCUUGGUAUCUUCCCUGUAAACUUCUCACAAUAAACGACAAUCGAAUAGUCGAUUUUUAUGUUCCAACUAUAAGCUCGUCUGCAUAUAAACAACUUUCAUUCAUCAAGAAAUACUCCCCCGAAGCUUGUCACACUUCAAAGUAUUCAAGAGAGAGACUCUACGAAAUGAACAGCGUUUCUGAUAUCUACUAUACCUGGAAAGAUAUAGAUUCUUCUCCAAGAAACAUUGCCGUUCUCUUCAAUGACGUUCUCGAUCUAGACAGACUGAAGCUUCUGCCACCAGAAGAUUGGGAGCUUUCUAAAGCACUGUCGCAAUUUGUAUCGCUGGACGCUAGCCAAGGACUGCCAGUUAGUGAUAUAUCGAAAUACUUCGUAGCUGAUCCAUCGCUGUUUAAACUAGCCAAGUGCUUAACUGAGAUUGCAAAAGUAGGGGUCAUUGAUGUUGAGAGCGUUGGAUGUAUCUCUUCCCAGAUUGUGCUAUACGUGGCUCUGAUGUUCAUAUUUUCCAUUGUGCUAAUCAAGUUCACUUUUGCCUUGUACUUUGAAUGGUUUGUCUCUUGGCGUAUGGGUAUCAAGGGAGUUUCAAGUACAUCGUGGGUAUUCUGGUUUAUUUGGUCGUUAUUUAGAGCUAAAGAGAAAAUUGGGACGGGAGAGAACAGCGGCAAGAGUGAUAUUUCUUUAUCCAAUAGCGAAAGACAGUACAGUCUCAAGAGUUCUGAAAGCAAAUCAAGUUCUAGCUUAUCCAAUAGCUCUGUGAGCCAGACACCUAUGGAAACUCGGAGUGAAAGUACAGCAUUCAGUCAAAUGCAUAUGUUUCCUUCUACUUGUGAGAGUUUGGAUGAUCAAAUGUAUGUGGUGUGUCUGGUGACGGUGUACUCGGAAUCAGAAGACGGGCUCAGGUUGUCGCUUGACUCGUUGGCCAGUACUGACUAUCCAGAUUGCCGGAAGCUUUUAUUGGUUGUCUGCGACGGACUAGUUACCGGUGCUAAUAACGACCGCAUGACGAGCGAGAUUGCUUUAUCACUGAUGGAGGAUGUUGCGGUUCCUUUUCAUGAGGUACCGGAUUUGUCGUACAUUUCAGUUGGCUAUGGAAAACGACGAAUCAAUAUGGCACAGGUGCACUGCGGAUACUAUGCUCACGUCCCUUCUGACUCAUCAAAACCAAAAAGAAGAGUACCUAUGAUUUGUGUGGUCAAAUGUGGAUUAGAAGAAGAGAGACAAACAAGCUCUAAACCGGGCAACAGAGGUAAGCGAGAUUCCCAGUUAAUACUAAUGGGAUUCUUUCAAAAGCUCUGCAUGGGAGAUAGAAAGACAGACCUUGAAAAUGAGAUUCACUACUGCAUAGAACAUGUAUACGGGAUAAACCCCCAGCUUUUCGAGGCUAUUCUAAUGGUUGAUGCUGAUACCAAGGUGUAUGAAGAUUCUCUAGGUCAUAUGGUUGCUACACUAGUGGCUGACAGCACGGUUAUAGGGCUGUGUGGUGAAACCAAAAUUGCCAAUAAAUGGGAGUCGUGGAUAACAAUGAUUCAAGUUUUUGAGUACUUUAUUUCGCAUCAUCUGACCAAAUCGUUUGAAUCUGUAUUUGGUGGUGUCACUUGUUUACCGGGAUGUUUUUCUAUGUACCGCAUCAAAGCACCUCCCAAAUCUGGCCACGUUCUUUUGUUGCUUGUGAGUCCAGCAGUAGUCUCCAGAUACUCGGAUAAUAUCGUUAAUACAGUACAUAGGAAGAACCUGCUGUUGCUGGGGGAAGAUCGUUAUUUGACGACGUUGAUGCUGAAAGCAUUUCCUGUACACAAGCUGAUCUUUGUUCCACAGGCAAAAUGUAAGACAAUAGUACCGUCAAAGUUCAAAGGACUCCUAGAUCAACGGCGACGUUGGAUCAAUUCAACAAUCCAUAACCUUUUAGAGCUGCUUUUGGUACAGGAACUAUGUGGAGUGUUUUGCUUUUCCAUGCAGUUUGUAGUGUUGAUAGAUCUUAUUGGAACAGUUACUCUACCAGCGGCACUGGUAUUCACUGUCUAUCUGCUCAUCGCGUGUAUAUACCGACAUCCACCGCCAGUUGUGCCUUUAAUGCUUUUGGCAUUGAUACUGGGGAUUCCAGGAGUCUUGAUUUUGGUUACUGCUCAUCAAUGGAUCUACGUUCUGUGGAUGUUGAUAUACCUAAUCUCUCUUCCAGUAUGGAACUUUAUUCUACCACUCAACGCGUGUAAGUUAACAGCGUGGGUCUUGCGACAUAACAGAGACUAA